GGUUGACCCCUAGCGAAGACAUACUCUCAAGUAUUCCCAGCGGUGCUCUCAGCGUCGCGUUUGGUGGGGGCUGUCGCGGGGCACAGACGUCAUUAGCCAUCCCUGCCCCGGAGAGGACGGACAGACAAGGGUGUCAUUUUCUCAACGACAUUUGCGAGGCCGGCUGAAAGUCCCUGCGCCGCGCCCCUGAGCCAACAGACGCCAACUCCAACGGGGUAUACACAUGCCGGUAGCUCGCACCAGCGGCCGCGGCUGAUCGUAGCCGCCAAAGUGACCGAGCAGCCUCGAGGGGCGCCUUGCCAAACUCCAAUCGAAAACAUACGCGCACAGUCGGACCCCUAAGAUGGCGAGCACCCUACGCCGCCGAGUUCCCGGCAACGAGCCUCCCUCCGAAACGCCAACGCCCCGCGAUGAGAGCCCCGACGAACCCGAGAAGGCCGGCGGCAAUAUCAAGACCGUCCACCACCAUGGGCCAACGACGCGCAAGCGCAGAAACACUGCCAUUUUCUUGCUCGGCAGUUUGUUUGGGAUUAUCGCCGCGGGCUUCUUCGCUCAGAGCAAUGACUUAAUAGACUUCCCCGAGAUUGGGGAGCUGAGCAUGGAUAGUUUCUUUGACGUUCUUCCGGCGGGGUUGGUGAAGGACAUGCGGGAGCUAGUCAUCGGCGAGCGGGAUUCCCUCGAGAGUUACGACGCCUUUUCCAUUGGCAUCAAGGCCCGCGCUGAAGGCCUCACGGCGCACCACCCCAUCGUCAUGGUCCCUGGCGUAAUAUCCACUGGUCUCGAGUCUUGGGGAACUUCGAACGCCUCGCUUCCCUAUUUUCGGAAACGGUUAUGGGGCAGCUGGAGCAUGAUGCGUGCGUUGGUCCUGGACAAGGAGACGUGGAAGGCGCAUGUCAUGCUGGACAAGAAGACUGGCCUGGAUCCGCCAGGGAUCAAAUUGCGUGCCGCACAAGGCUUCGAUGCUACCGACUUUUUUAUCACGGGAUACUGGAUCUGGAAUAAAAUCCUGGAGAACCUCGCGUCACUCGGCUACGACCCGAUAAAUUCGUACACGGCAGCAUACGACUGGCGGCUGGCGUACCGGAAUCUCGAAAAGCGAGAUCAUUAUUUUACGAGGCUGAAGUCGCAUAUUGAGAUGGCCGUGUUGCUCCAGGGAAAAAAGGUCGUACUUACCUCCCACAGCAUGGGCAGCCAAGUUGUCUUCUACUUCUUCCACUGGGUCGCUUCGCAGCACGGUGGUAAGGGGGGCGAAGAUUGGGUGGAGCGGCACAUCGAAUCGUGGAUUAACGUUAGCGGAUGUAUGCUGGGGGCCCUUAAGGAUGUUACGGCCAUCCUAUCCGGCGAGAUGCGUGACACGGCGCAGCUGAACGCUUUCGCGGUUUACGGACUUGAGAAGUUCUUGAGCAAGACGGAGCGAGCCGAAAUCUUCCGCGCCAUGCCGGGUAUCUCCUCCAUGCUGCCAAUAGGAGGCACCGCCAUUUGGGGUGACCACGACGGGGCACCAGAUGACCAGCCCGACCAGGAACAUAGUUACGGCUCGUUCUUGAACUUUCGGACUGGCCAGAACUGGACAACUCCUGACAGGAACUUCACAGUGGAUGACGCGAUGGAUUACCUGCUCGACACGUCGGAGGAUUGGUAUAGGGAUCAAGUGAAGGGAAGCUACUCCCGGGGCGUCGCACACACGGCCGCCGAAGUCGAGGCCAACGAAGACGACCAUAGGAAAUGGAUGAACCCGCUGGAAACCCGACUCCCCCUCGCGCCGAGUCUGAAGAUUUAUUGCUUCUAUGGCGUGGGAAAACCUACGGAAAGAGGGUACUACUACCGCUCCCCCGAACUUGGUUCGCUCACCAGCCUGAACAUGACAAUCGACACGGGCCUGGCGCAGGGCAUGGUCGACCGCGGCGUGAUCAUGGGCGAAGGCGACGGCACGGUUAGCCUUAUGAGCACGGGCUACAUGUGCAACAGCGGCUGGAAAAUCAAGCGGUAUAACCCCGCGGGUGUUAAGAUCACGGUGGUCGAAAUGCCUCACGAGCCAGACCGCUUCAACCCCCGGGGCGGACCCAACACAGCAGACCAUGUCGACAUCCUGGGUAGGCAGAAUCUCAACGAGCUCAUUCUGAAGAUUGCGGCCGGCAAGGGGGGGGCUAUCGAGGAUCAUGUUAUCAGCAAUAUCCGCGAAUAUGCGGCGAGGGCGAAGGUGUAUGAAGACGGUGAUAGGUGAAUGUACGAUGUGGCUGGAGGGAUAUAAGGUUUGGCGUUUUGUAAGGCCGGUCGGCUUCCUUUUGGGUUUCAAAGACUUGGACGGAGCACUCGGUGGGUGGUCAUUGUUUAACUUUCUUUCUCUAUGAUACGCUAUAUCGUAUAUAAUUGAUACCCAAUUUAGAGUUGUGAAAUCAGAGUAAGACAACCUUUAGGGGGCACGUCUGCUGG